UGAAUGAAGGGCUCACCAGAAGUCCUCCGUGACUGAUAAGGGGGUUUGGGGGCCCUGCAAGCACAUUGGUCCUAAAACAAAACUGAGAGGAAAGCAAUGAAAACCUGGCACUUGGACUCAGAGUGGAAGCUGGGAACUGUGGUGCCCUUUUUGGGCAAAUGCCGGCCAUUUGUGGGCUAUUGCUGCCAAAGGUGCACACCAAAGAGCUGGGAAUUCUUUUCCACAAGAACAUGAUCUCUCUUGGAUUUUGCAAUGUAAUUAAAAUAUCAGAAGGAAACACCAGGUUCAGAGGCUGGCUGGUAAGGAGACUCUGCUGCUUCUUCACAGUGUGUGAUUGGAAAAUUUGUGCUGAUACCCCCAGUGAUCUCCAAAAAAGAAUCUUCCACAGCAAGAGGGUACAGGACAUUGUGUGUCAGAAAGUGCCUCAGAGCAAGGGGGAUGCGCCAGAGACCAGCAUGCCAGUCCCACAGUGGAUGCAGAGGAUUCACAGCAUUCUCUGCCAGAUACAGUCCUCUCUUUCACCUCUCCUACUGAGGCUCAGCCACUGGGCUCUGCUAAAACUUCUGAAUCAAAUGUUCCUUGGCGUGAUAAUCCACAACGGGCAACUGGAGAUGGUGCGCAGGGCUGCUGAGGUGCCUGAUGUUCCUGUGGUCUUUUUAUCAACCCACAAAUCUCAGUUGGACAGGCUGUUGCUUCAGCUCCUUCUCAUCUCACAGGGCCUAGGCACACCCAGGGUCACUUGUGAAUACAAAACCUAUCCUUCAAAGUGCAGAACCCUGCUGGCGCUCCUAGGAGGGGUAUUCCUGCCGCAAGGAGUGGAACAGGCCCGGGACAGUGAGCAAGGAGUCCUCUCCAGAGCCGUUUUGGCUUCAUAUGUUGAGGAAGUUCUCCGUAGUAGACAACCACUUCUGAUCUUCCUGGAAGAGGCCUUCGCUGGUGCACCACAGGUCUCUGCCUCCAGCAGGGAGUGGCUAAGCUUGGUGUUCAGUGCGUUCCAUUCAGGCACUGUCCCUGACAUCAUGAUUGUGCCCAUUGGAAUCUCCUAUGAUGUGGCUCCUGACUCUGGUUACAGGGGGAAAGUGAGCCCCACCCAGACCCUUAGCCUCUGGACAUCCCUGUGGACCAUCUGCAGAGCUGCUUGUAGAGGACUGGGCUGUGUCCGGGUUGAUUUUGCUCAGCCCUUCUCUUUGCAGGAGUAUGUAGCAAACAGCCUCUUCAGGCAGAGCGGUUCUGGAAAGUGUCUGGAGGAACUCCUCUUACCAGAAAUACUUGGAAAACGCUGUAGCUUUUUGGAUUGUGAGAAACUGGAACAAUGGUCACCAGGCUCCAAAGGCAUCAUAUCUCUGAACACAGAACAGGAAAUACUGGUGUACAAUUUGGGCCUACACACACUGAGCGCUGGUGUAUCUUGUUGUGCCAUCAUGGCUGUACAGAUCAUGUCUGCACUCUUUCUGCACAAACACAAAGAGGGUGUCUUCCUUUCCCAGCUCAUGCAGGACUUUGUUUGGCUCACUGAGGAGAUCCUGCUACGCAGCUAUGAUGUGGGGUUUUCUGGGCAGGUGCGUGAUGUGGUGUUGCAUGCUCUGUUCCUGCUGCGGCACUGCGUUUCCCUCUACCACCUUUCCCUGGGGGAUGUCCUGGUGGUUCCCAAGAAGACAGACGAAGCCAUGACAGAGUUGAGCCAGCACAGCACUGCCCUCUUGCCUGUUUUCAUCCAGGAAGCAGUGGGAGUCUGUGCUGUCAGUGCCCUCCUGGUGGAGCUGCUGCCCUACCUGGGAAGCCCUGAGCAGCUCAGGGAUGUGGUCCUGGUCCAGGAAGAGCUCCACAACAAGACUGUCUUGCUCGUCCAGCUGCUGCCCAGGGAUUUCCUCCUAUGCCAGCCUUGCCAGUCUCUCUAUAACUACUGCCAGGUUGCUGUGGACAAGUUGAUCCAGUGUGGACUGUUGGUGGCUGAGGAGAUUCCCAGUGAUGUCUUGGUGUGUGACACAGCCCAAAAGCGCUUCACGAAGAGGUUGCUGUGGAAGGCAACAGACGAUUUUGCAGACAGUGACAGCGAUUACAGCGACGAGACUGGAAAUUGCUGCUUCAAAAUAAGCCAGGUGGAAAACUGCUCCAACUUUUUUGUGUUCCUCUGCUGUCUUCUGAGCCCUUUGCUGAAAACCUUGGAAAGAGCCGCUGUCUUCCUCUGGGAAAUUGAGUCUCCUCAGUCAGAGUCGCAGUACGUGGAGAAGCUGCACUGUUUUUUGGCAAGGAAGGCAAAAGAAGACUCUUCCUUUGAAUGUGUCUGCAGAACUCUGACUACCAUCUCUGUCCGCAUCUACAAGGAACUGGGGGUGCUGAGAGAAUCAGCAGGGCAAGGGGAGCCCAUUCUCCACCUCUCCGAGACCUUCCGUGCCAAAGAGAACCAAGAGAAGCUGGAGAAAUUUAUCCAGCAGUUUAUCUACAGCUAGUGUCUCCAAGGGGGCCUUCUAUGGUAUCCAGAAGGUGUAGUUUCUGCUUCCUAGAUGUAGAUGUCGGGGUGGGGUAUAACUAAAAUCUGCCACUGCCUUCUAACUUUAUUUUGAAAGUUAUCUUCGCACAGGUGUGUGACCCUUUUGAAAUCCCAGUUGAAAAGUUGCCUCUCAUGUCAGGACUUCAGUGAGCCAGUGUUGAGGCCAA